AUGGCCAAAUUCUUAUUUAAUGGAAAAGUAAGUUGUGCUCAUAUUUCGAAUAGAGUGAAUAAGAUGCUCGCGAUCCUGCUCAUCGUAUCGAGUGUGGCACUCACAAGCUGUGACGUGUCCCAUCUAGACCUAACUACUACUAGCACGGAGUCACCACCACCAGCUCCCUAUGCCUUCGCGUACACAGCGGGCAGGUACCCGGGACACAUCGAUCGGGAGCACGCGGAAGAGAGUGAUGGCAGUGGCGUUGUCAAAGGUCACUUCUCAUACAUAGAUCCUCGUCAGAAGGUUCGUACUGUAGAGUAUGUGGCGGAUAAAGAAGGAUUCCACCCAUUGUUGAGUGACGUACCGCCGGAGCAUCCAGCGGACUCUGAGUCCGUGGCUAGAGCGAAGGACCGUCACUUCGAACUUUAUGCCAAAAUCGCUGAAGAACACGCACACCAUCCUUUCCCUGAUGAAACAUAUGUACCUCGUCAGUCGGAAGCCGUAGCGAGAGCAACCGCUAAGCACGCCCAGCUGUUCAGAGUGAUAGCAGAACAACACGCCAGAAUAGCUGCUGAAAGAGAAGCUUUACAACGCGAAGAAGAAGAAAGACAACACCUGCAAGACCUGGCAGAG